UACAUCCUCAGAAACUACAACUCUAUCUCCAACAACAACGCAAUCAACAACAACUACUGAAGUUUCUACAACCACAACUGUGAGCCCCACAACAAUGCCUACAUCCUCAACAUCCACAAUCCCACCAUCAACAAAAACCACUCAAGAUUAUACAACAACUAUAACCCCAACAACCAUGUCUGCAUCUUCAUCAACUGCACCUUCAACAACAACACCAUCAUCAACAACCACAACAAUGACCCCAACAACCAUUCCUACUACGACUACAACUCCAACAACAUUUACUGCAACAACAACACCACAAUAUUCAACAACUACAACUGAAAUUUCUACAACCACAAAUAUAAGUCCUACAACAAUGCCUACAUCUUCAGCAACUACAGUUGCACCUUCAACAACCACAACUGUGACCCCAACAACCAUGACAACACCCUCAACAACUACAAUUGCACUUCCAACAACCUCAACUACUUAUCCAACCACAACACCACCAUCAACAACUGUCACUGAAGUUUCUACAACUUUGAAUAUGACCCCUACAACAACGCUGACAUCUUCAGCAACUGCACCUCCAACAACCACAAAUACUUCCCCAACCACAACUACACCAUCAACAACAAAGACUGAUGUUUAUACAAUGACAUCUAUGACACCGACACCCACGCCUACAUCCUCAGAAUCUACAACUCUAUCUCCAACAUCAACGCAAUCAACAACAACUACUGAAGUUUCUACAACCACAACUAUGACCCCCACAACAAUGCCUACAUCCUCAACAUCCACAACCCCACCAUCAACAACAACCACUCAAGUUUCAACAACUAUAAACCCAACAACCAUGCCUGCAUCUUCAUCAACUGCACUUUCAACAACAACACCAUCGUCAACAACCACAACAAUGACCCCAACAACCAUUCCUACAUCUUCAACAUCUACAACACCACCAUCAACAAUGACCACUCAAGUUUCCACAACAACUCUAAACCCAACAAUCAUGCCUACAUCCUUAUCUACUACGACUACAACUCCAACAACAUUUACUGCAACAACAACACCACAAAAUUCAACAACUACAACUGAAAUUUCUACAACCACAAAUAUGAAUCCUACAACAAUGCCUACAUCUUCAGCAACUACAUUUGCACCCUCAACAACCACAACUGUGACCCCAACAACCAUGACAACACCCUCAACAACUACAAUUGCACUUCCAACAACCUCAACUACUUAUCCAACCACAACACCACCAUCAACAACUGUCACUGAAGUUUCUACAACUUUGAAUAUGACCCCUACAACAACGUUGACAUCUUCAGCAACUGCACCUCCAACAACCACAAAUACAUCCCCAACUACAACUACACCAUCAACAACAAAGACUGAUGUUUAUACAAUGACAUCUAUGACACCGACACCCACGCCUACAUCCUCAGAAACUACAACUCUAUCUCCAACAACAACGCAAUCAACAACAACUACUGAAGUUUCUACAACCACAACUGUGAGCCCCACAACAAUGCCUACAUCCUCAACAUCCACAAUCCCACCAUCAACAACAACCACUCAAGAUUCUACAACAACUAUAACCCCAACAACCAUGUCUGCAUCUUCAUCAACUGCACCUUCAACAACAACACCAUCAUCAACAACCACAACAAUGACCCCAACAACCAUUCCUACAUCUUCAACAUCUACAACACCACCAUCAACAAUGACCACUCAAGUUUCCACAACAACUCUAAACCCAACAAUCAUGCCUACAUCCUUAUCUACUACGACUACAACUCCAACAACAUUUACUGCAACAACAACACCGCAAUAUUCAACAACUACAACUGAAAUUUCUACAACCACAAAUAUAAGUCCUACAACAAUGCCUACAUCUUCAGCAACUACAGUUGCACCUUCAACAACCACAACUGUGACCCCAACAACCAUGACAACACCCUCAACAACUACAAUUGCACUUCCAACAACCUCAACUACUUAUCCAACCACAACACCACCAUCAACAACUGUCACUGAAGUUUCUACAACUUUGAAUAUGACCCCUACAACAACGCUGACAUCUUCAGCAACUGCACCUCCAACAACCACAAAUACUUCCCCAACCACAACUACACCAUCAACAACAAAGACUGAUGUUUAUACAAUGACAUCUAUGACACCGACACCCACGCCUACAUCCUCAGAAUCUACAACUCUAUCUCCAACAUCAACCUUCAACAACAACACCAUCAUCAACCACAAAAAUGACCCCAACAACCAUUCCUACAUCUUCAACAUCUACAACACCACCAUCAACAAUGACCACUCAAGUUUCCACAACAACUCUAAACCCAACAAUCAUGCCUACAUCCUUAUCUACUACAACUACAACUCCAACAACAUUUACUACCCCCACAACAAUGCCUACAUCCUCAACAUCUACAACCCCACCAUCAACAACAACCACUCAAGUUUCUUCAACAACUCUAAUCCCAACAACCAUGCCUGCAUCUUCAGCAACUGCACCUUCAAAAACAACACCAUCGUCAACAACCACAACAAUGACCCCAACAACCAUUCCUACAUCUUCAACAUCUAA